ACACGACUAAUGUCUGCGUAUUUUGUCAUGUUUGUUAUUUUAUACAAUGUGGAUAAACUGACUUUUUCUCAUAUUUAUGUGAACAACUCGGAUUUUUUGUAUUCAAUUGAAAAAGCAGACUUGCAAUUGGCGAGGUUUGAAUGUAUUUCACUUCGUCACAUGCCAGCUCGCAUAUCUGUCAAGUCAGAAACGUAAACAAACACGGACAACCGCCCGUAAAGAUUGUGUGCAGAAUAAUCGUAAAAUUUUAUGUGAAAACUCGGGAAAAGGAAAAACAUCAUUUCAUCCCGAAAUUUGGCAACAUUCGUCCGAGUAUGAUCGAGCAGCUGUGUGUGUGUAUGCCGACGAAAUACGACGCCGUUUCUACAACAAUCACUAAAGCCGGCUGUGAUCGUGAUCGGCACAUUCUCAACUGGACCAACACACCGGUCGUUGUGUAUCUUCAAGCAAACUAACGUUGCAAUACACCACAAAAUAGCAUGGAAAGGAAAGUAUUAUAAAAUAAUAUCACAUAUGAAAGCAUUCUAAUCUUUCCAUGUUAUUUUUCCACUGCAAACAGGACAUUGGAUCACCGCAUCGACAAGUGGUUUUUAUGUGCAAGUGUUGUUAAGAAGUGUGUUGUACGGUGUAUUACGUGUUUUACUUUAUUUGUAUCGCUUUGCAAGUGGUACAAUUAGUGCGUUUAAUCGUUGUAAUACAGCUAACAUAAGAUUUACCCGAGCAUUAGAAGCGGCAACAAUACAUGUGCCUGACGCAGAGACAACAAUGCCGUCGGCAUCCGUUGAUACCAUCCAAAGUGAUGGUUGAAAUCGUAUUUAAACGUGUAAAACCAUGUAUUGGGGCAUGUAAGUAUUGCAUAAUAGUUAAAUAAAUACAUUUUAUCGUUGUACUGGACAAUGUGCAUCGAAAUUAAAAAAAAAGUGUGUGUGUUUUUGUUUACAUCCGAAUACAGAACCCACAACGCUAUACUGUGGUUCGAGCACUCGCUAAGUAACGCUUGAGCUUUGAGCUUUCAUUGAGCUUACAUAGAAUGUUACACGCUACCUGCUCACUAAGGACUGCUAUCGAGCAGUGUUAUGAGCAGGUAGCGAGCAGUAACGCUUCCAUACAAAAAUCGCGAAACGUAACGCUCCAAUGCUAUUUGGGUUGCUACUUGGGAAGUUUCGGCCUCUUCGCUCCCGACCGGCCCGUACGACGGACAUAAUAAAUCCAUACCAUAUUAAAAGUACAAAAGUACGAAACACAUUGGCGGAAUGAAGCGCUUACAUGUUUUUACAGUGUUGGUGAAAUGUUUCCCUGCCCAAGUGACAAUUCACAUAUGCGUUAUGUUUGAGGGGUAGGACAUUGCCUACUUUCAACAAUUGUUCCAUACAAAAUGUAUGGCCUACCCGGGUAGGCGGUUGUACGAUUACGUAAAGUUUUUUGGUCGUACAUAAGACGGUUAACCACGAAAAACAUAAUUGUUCCAUACAAAAUGUAUGGCCUUCCCGGGUAGGCGGUUGUACAUGUUAAGGGGAUAUAAACUUAAAUAACUUAAAAAAAUAUUUAAACAUUUUUCAUAUUUUUUAUUUUUUGCACAUGGGUAGAAAACAUCCUUUCUGAGGCAUUAUUAAAAUUUGAAGUUGAUACGAUUUUUUAAUCAAAAGUUAAUUUGCAAUAAAGAUGCGAAACUUACCCGGGUAGGCGGUUGUACACAUGACGGUUAAUACAUUAAGUGAUUUGGGAAAUGGUUAUGACUUUUUGGUCAGUAUUACCCUAUUAAUACACGAUGCGCAGUCUCAGAUUACGCAUAUAUUCGUUUUAUCAAAACAUAUGUCAUUUCGCGUAGCCAACCCUGAGCUAUAAACGUCAUUUCCAUAAAAUUUCAGAUUGCGCCAAGAUUGCGCAUAAAUUUUCAA